CAGACCACACUAUGUCUUUGUGGAAUGUAUGCGCCAUGUUGGCUGCACGCUUUUUUCUAAGGCUCUGUUCUAUUCUAUGUUUUCUCGAUUUUCCUGCGUUAUGGCUGGGGAGGUUCGGUUACCAUCCGAGCCAGAACAAAGAUCACCAGAUUCCUGACGACCAUAUGGGGGUUUUUACGAACUUGGAAGGAUACAAGCUCUCAAGACUUGAUCAGCUCCAAAUGGGAGGGGGAGGCGUUUGUGUCUAUACUCGCAAUAAUUUGAAAGCUAAGGUUUUAAAAGAUCUUUCAUCAAUUUCCGAGAGAAAUUUCCACCAACUCUGGAUAAGUCUUCAGUGGAAGAAAACAAAGUCAAUUGUAGUGUGUACAACCUACCGACCAGAUGACUGCCCCCUUAGUGCUUUCGAGGAUACCCUGAAACCUACUUACAUGCAAGCACUGACGCUUAACAAACCCGUCGUGAUCCUUGUGGAUUUAAACUGUGAUCUAAGGAAAGCCUGCGCGGAGAGCAGAGUGUUAAACAAUUUCUCGUCUGAAAUGAAUCUUCAACAACUCAUUAAGCAUCCAACAAGGAUUACAGCUACAACUAAGCCCCUGCUCGAUGUUAUCUUGGUGUCCUGCCCUCAGUCGGUACGUGGUAGCGGCGUGAUCAACUACUCCAUCAGUGAUCACCUGCCAGUUUUUGUAGAGCUUAAGGUGAAAGCAUCCAAGCCUUCGCCCCACUACAUAACAGCACGUAGUUAUAAGAACUAUGAGCCGGGCGCAUUUACUGCUGAUCUUACUAACCAAUCAGACCAGCUCCUGUCCAUCUUUAGCUGAGGUGAUGUGGAUACCAAACUUAACACUCUCAAUGAUGUUGUUGGACGCACGUUGGACUUGCAUGCUUCCGUCAGAACAACCAGGAUUCGUCAUCGCCCUUGUCCAUUUGUAUCAAGAGGCAUUAAACAACUCAUGAAAACAAGAGACCUACUUCACCGCAAUUUUUUUCAGUCUCGCGACCCCUCGGAUUGGAGUAAAUAUAAAGAAUCCAGGGAUACCAUUAAAGAAAUACUGAGAGAAACAGAGCGGAAUUAUACUUUUCUUUAAGUUCAACAAAACAAGAGCAAUCCUAGUUCACUCUGGAAAGUAAUCAAUCGCGUUAUUCCAUCAAAGAACAAAGAGCCUCAACGAGUUUAUACCAAAGAC